AGUGCAAACCUGCGAGAGAAGCGGCGAUUGCAGACGGCCAUCUUAGAGCUGCCGUCAACACCGCGGAUUCAUCUCCUGAUUUUUCUUUUCUCGUUAGAUAACCCCUCCGCCGACAGUAGUAGAACGAGAACAGGAAGAAAAGAGGGGGGAAAAGGCGUGUGUGUUGAAGUUUGUCGCGGCUGAACUCGAAGUCGGGAUGCGGUUCCGAAGGAAUAAACUCUUUGCAUCCGCCGUCGGACUGGUCCUGUCGUUGGUGUGCGCGCUGGAUGCGGCUAAAGUCAACAAGCACAAGCCAUGGAUAGAGACAACAUACCAUGGCAUCGUGACAGAGAACGAUGACAAAGUGCUGCUGGACCCCCCCUUAAUUGCACUGGACAAGGAUGCGCCGCUACGCUACGCAGAGAGUUUUGAGGUGACCCUCACUGAAGAAGGCGAGAUUUGCGGCUUCAGGAUCCAUGGACAGAAUGUCCCCUUUGAAGCUGUGGUCCUGGACAAGUCCAGUGGUGAGGGAAUCAUCCGGGCCAAGGAAAAGUUAGACUGCGAGCUGCAGAAGGAACACACCUUCACCAUCCAAGCAUAUGACUGUGGAGAGGGACCUGACGGUGCCAACAUGAAGAAAUCACACAAGGCCACUGUCCACAUACAGGUGAAUGACCUUAACGAGUACUCGCCAGUAUUCAAAGAGAAGUCCUACAAAGCCACCGUCAUCGAGGGAAAGAAAUAUGAUAGCAUCUUGAAGGUGGAGGCAGUGGACGCAGACUGCUCUUUCCAGUUCAGUCAAAUCUGCAACUAUGAAAUCGUCACCCCGGAUGUGCCCUUCACCAUUGACAAAGAUGGCUUCAUCAAGAACACCGAGAAACUAAACCACGGCAGAGAGAACAUGUAUAAGCUGACUGUGACCGCUUAUGACUGUGGGAAGAACCGUGCCUCUGAGGAUGUUCUGGUCAAGAUCAGCAUUAAGCCAACUUGCAAACCCAGCUGGCAAGGCUUCAAUAAGAGGAUUGAAUAUGAGCCAGGCACAGGAAGCUUGGCACUUUUUCCCAGUAUGCACCUGGAGACCUGUGAUGAGCCAAUCACGUCCAUCAGAGCCACAAUUGAACUAGAAACCAACCAUAUUGGAAAGGGCUGUGACCGCGACACCUACUCUGAGAAGUCCCUGCACAAGCUGUGCGGAGCCAGCUCUGGUACGAUGGAACUGCUGCCAGCACCCAGCAGCUCUGCCAACUGGACGGUAGGGCUACCGACUGAUAACGGGCAUGACAGCGACCAGGUGUUUGAGUUCAAUGGCACCCAGGCUGUCAAGGUUCCUAAUGGCUUGGUGAGCACCAGCCUGAAGGAGCUCUUCACCAUCUCUGUGUGGAUGAGACAUGGCCCCGGGGCCCACGAGAAGGAGACCAUCCUUUGCAACUCUGACAAGACAGACAUGAACAGGCACCACUAUUCACUCUACGUGCACAACUGCAGGCUGAUCCUUCUCCUCCGUCAAGAUCCAUCGGAGGUGGAGAACUACAAACCAGCCGAGUUCCACUGGAAACUCGAGCAGGUGUGUGACAAAGAGUGGCAUCACUAUGUGCUGAAUGUGGAGCUCCCCACGGUGACGCUGUUUGUGGAUGGAUCUACUUUUGAACCCUUCCUGGUCACAGAGGACUACCCACUGCAUGCCUCCAGGAUUGAGACUCAGCUCACCAUUGGUGCUUGCUGGCAAGAAAACUCGGGACAUGACAAUGACACUGAGACAGUCUCUGAGUCUUCCUCAGGCGGAAAUGCACGCAUGGCCCAGUUUUUCCGUGGAAACCUUGCAGGGCUGAUGAUUCGCUCAGGCAAACUGGAGAACAAGAAGGUUAUUGACUGUUUGUACACUUGCAAGGAGGGCCUCGAUGUGCAGCUGCCCGAGGAGGUAGCUUCCACGGUUAAGGUGGAGUUUAACCCCAACCAGUCCUCCCUGACUGUCGAGGGGGACGACAUUGAUGCCUUUGACAAGGUCAUGCAGCACAUCUCCUACUUGAACUCCCGCCAGUUCCCCACACCCGGCAUCAGACACCUUCGCAUCUCCACCACUGUCAAAUGCUUCAACGAGGAGUCCUGCGUGACCAUGCCGGAUGUUGAAGGUUAUGUGAUGGUGCUGCAGCCUGAGGAGCCCAAGAUCAGCCUGAGUGGCAUUGACCACUUUGCCCGCAGCGCUGCCGAAUUUGAGAGCCAAGAAGGCGUGACAUUGUUCCCUGAGCUGCGCAUCGUCAGCACCAUCACCCGCGAGGUGGAGACCGACACGGAGUCUCUAGCCACAGAGGGAGCGGAUGAUGACCCCACAGUGCAAGAGACAGUGGUGUCCGAGGAGAUCAUGCACAACCUGGACACAUGCGAAGUGAACGUGGUGGGUGAUGAACUGGAUGCGGAGCACGAGGGCCUUGAGGUGGACAUGGACCAGCUCCAGCAACGCAGCCUGGAGAUGAGCUCUUCUCACCUCGGCCUCGUCAUCACAGGCGUGAACACCAUGGCCAACUACGAGCAGGUCCUGCAUCUCAUCCGUUACAAGAACUGGCACACCGAGGCGCUCUUCGACAGGAAAUUCAAACUGGUGUGCUCUGAGCUCAACGGGCGCUACAUAAGCAAUGACUUCAAGGUCGAGGUGAAUGUAAUCCACACAGCCAGCACCAUGGAGCAGCUCAGCAAUGCCUUGCUGCAGCCCAACUUCAUCAACCCUGUACAUCAGGCCUCCGUGGACCUGUCUGGUCACAACCUGGUCAACGCUCACCAAGCGUCAGUGGUUCCCAGCGCAGCCACCAUCGUCAUCGUCGUCUGCGUCAGUUUCCUGGUGUUCAUGAUCAUUCUGGGCGUGUUCCGGAUCCGGGCCGCACACCAGCGCACCAUGAGGGACCAGGAGAACGGCAAGGAGAACGAGAUGGACUGGGAUGACUCUGCCCUCACUAUCACCGUCAACCCUAUGGAGACUUACGAAGACCAGCACAGCAGUGAGGAGGAGGAGGAAGAGGAGGAGGAGAGUGAGGAAGGGGAGGAGGAAGACGACAUCACAAGCGCCGAGUCGGAGAGCAGCGAGGAUGACGAGGGCGGCGAGCAGGAGGACCAGCAGGGGGCCAGCAGACAGCAGCAGCUGGAAUGGGACGACUCCACCCUCACCUACUAGAACACACAUGCACAUGCAUAUGCGCACACACACACACACACACAUCACUAAUUGCACUCAUUCAGAUGUUCAUCUUCACUACAUGAAUACAAGGAGCCGUGAUGUUAAAAAAAAAAAAAAAAAAAUCCUGGUCAAGAUUUCCCUCUUGUCAUCUUAGUGGAGGUACUCAAUGUUGUGUAGUCAUCCGCCACUUGUUUUAUUUAAUUUAUUGUAUUUGCAGUCAGAGGAAAUCUUGACCAAAAUUCCUUUUCCAGUGUGUGAGGAAGCCAACCGUGCACUUUUUAGUUUUCUCUCCCACACAAGGCUUCAGAAUCAUUUUAGAUUUGUUUUUGCAGCUUAAAAUCCACCCUGGUAGACCAGUGACUUGAAUUAACUCUUUUAGCAGCUAGACCACCAUUUGCUUGGUUUUCUUUGCAUUUUAACCUUUUAGUGCAUGACGAAGUCAUAUGUGUAGAGCGAUCCAUUGGUUUUUAAAGAUGUUGUAAAUAUUAAGAAACCAUGUAAUUAGUCAAUGUGCUCGUGAAGGCCUCCGCCACAGGGUCCAAUAUCUACAAAUGCUUAGUAUUUGUGUCACGCAUGUUGUAGCAUGUCGCUGAAAAUCUGUACAAAAGUGUUGGCUUUCAUGACCAAUGUUGUAGGGAUUAUUUUUUUGAAAACCUGUUUCUGCUCUCAAUUUCGCACAGAGGAGACACGCGUCGUUUUACUUGCACGCGCGCCCUUUUCAUUCCUGCUUGAUCUCACCGUUGUACAGACGAGAUUUACAGUGUGCAAAUGGACGACGGUUGUUAAGGUGGGCCGUGAGCAGCUUUAAAAGACAACCUUCCAUCCUCAGCGUAUUUCAAAAAUUAGCACACCAGCUCCAAGUAAAGCGUCUUGUGACCUGUAAAGUAAAUUGUCCACGGCACGGCUGUUUUAAUGUCAACUAAUAUUCAAGCAUUUAUCUCCAUGUGAAAACAAUUGGGUGUUGGACUGAAUAUUGGACAGUAGGACUGCAGAGCUUGUUUACAUUUCGUAAACUACAGUCCUCCCACUCAUCAAAAAUGACUACGUUUUGAUUCUCCUCCCGGACAACGUUGUAUAUAUCAUUUCCCAAAUGUACCUUACAUGCACACGAAUAAGGAGCAGAUGUGGUCCCCUUUUACACUGCCUCUUCAAACUGCCAUUUACUUAUUUAUAAAUGGCGCCAGCAGACAGAUGAGUGAUGCCAACCCUCCCCAUUUCCUGGAAGGCCCAGGCGGCAGUAGUCUGCAGAACGCCGGAAAUUAUGGCCAUCGAAUAGUUUCCGAACUUUUGCAUUAGAAAAAUGCCACCAAAUGGAAAUGCAGGAGACUGAAAACACGAUCUUGUCUCAGUUUACUCAAAAAUUGAAAUGUGAAAUCUGAGCCUGUUUAGUUUAACACAAAGCUAUUCUUUUGUAUGAAUGGCAACAGGUGGAUAUGCAGGUUGUUUGGAUGUUCUGCAAUCUAGUGGAAGAACAUUUUAUUGUUCUGCCUGUCACUGUAUGUCGCUGGCAUAAAUAGAGGAACUAAGAUACAAGUAUGUUUUUUUUUAAUAAAUCAUUUUCAAAACAAUUAAGUCAAGUUGAAUAAUUUAAUGUGCCACAGCUGAGCUGUGGCACACUCAUUGUCAUGUUUGUUACUUAUCUUUUUGCUCAGUCUGAGUGGGCCUUGAAUUCAUGAAGUUAAAAUUAAAAAGUCAUUUUACAACAAAGUAAGAUGGAAUCAAAGGUUAUAAUUAAACGAACGAAGUCAACAUUUUUGUAAGGAUGCUGACAUAUUUUGAGGAAGAAAAGAAAAAGUCUGGAAAAAAGUACCAAUGAGAAUAUACAGAAAGAAACUUGACGUGAAUGGCGCAUUAUUUUGGGAUCAGAAGAAUUAGAUGUCUGGAUUUUAGUUGAUCCUCAUUUUUGGGAAAUCUGGAGGGUCGGUAUCUCUGGAAUGGGGGGUACCAAAUCAACUUGGCAAUUUUUUUGCCUUUGGAGGUUGUAUCGGAACCGUAAUAGAGUGCCCGAAAGGCGGGCCUUGACAUGCUCUUCUCCCGUCCCGAUGCCUGGACAGCAGUUGUCGCUGUUGAAAGACUUGAAUCUUAUUGUCGAUGUCACAAUUGCGGCAACAUCUCACUUUGCUGCAUUCUGUGUAAAAUGGCAAAGACGGGUAAAUGGUGGAAAUUCUGUUAUGGCUCCUAUGAGUUGAAGAGGCUGAUGAGAACAAUGUCGUUUUGCAUGCAAAUAUGCUUAGAAUGAUUUUUGUGCAAAGUCCCCUCUGUAGGCCUGAUGAUGGGAGUGCCUUUUGCUGGCCAUAGUGCAAUGAGCAGAUGUAACAAAGCCCUUGCUUCGAUUAAUGCCGUUUAAGUUGUUGUUGUUAAUUUGUAACUGUAAACUGGUCGGUUUCUUACUGACGUUAAUGAGUCUGUCUUAACAAUAAAGCGCGGCUAGUUUUGAUUUUACACACUGUCGAUUUGUCCAUGUUGAUGUGUAGCUGCUGUAGAUCCAUUGUGUAUCUUCUAUAGAUAUUGUCCCUAAUCCACCUUUAACCAGAUGUACAGUACGUAAUGACAAAGCUUUGGCAGCAUACGCGAGUAUCCUGUGUGUGUGAGUGUGUAGUGGCAUUUUCUUGUUGGGAAUCACAUUUCAAAUGUGUGCGUGUGUGCACCAACAAAUCACAUUUGUGAUCAGCCCCAUUGAGCGACACAUCACUCUCCCUAAUUGAAUGUCUCAGCAAUACUGCUAGAGUGAAACAAUAACACUUAAAGUAUUAAAGUCGCAUGAACCACAAGUUAGUCAACAUCUCAUGAUGUGUGAGACUGGAGUGCGGAGACGUGAUCCACUUAUUCCUUCACACAUCCACCCCCCCCCCCCCCAAGGUUUUCUUUGACAUAUUUGCUCAAAAUGUGGAAAUGUUUUGAGAGUUGGUGGUGGAAGUUUCCUUUGUGCUUCUCGGACCUGCUUUCACUUUUCUACUACCAAUAGAGAGGCAAACUAUAGUCAAGUUGAUGCUUGCUCGUGAACAAAAUAAAGGAGAAUGUAAUGGAA